AUGGCCAUCCAGAGAGGUGAUGGCAUGUACAAGUCAUUUCCUUGGACUUACUCAUAUCUCCCUUUGCUUCCUCGCCGCUCUAGCGCCCCGCCACCGACGCGCCACCAAGGAGCGUCGGGCUACCGCGGCGUCCGCCAACGCCCCAACGGCUGGUACUACGCCGAGAUCCGGUCCGGCGACGUCCGGCUCGGCCUCGGCACCUUCGAGACUGCGCACGAGGCCGCCCGCGCGUACGACGCGGCGGCGUGGCGCCUAGACAGGCCGCGCGCGCAGAUGAACUUUCAGGACGUCUACACGCGCCAGCAGGCGCAGGACGUCGCCCCUCCGCCUCGUAUUAUUACGGACCAGGACCGUGCGGAGCACACUCGGCGGCAGUGCCGCCUCCUCAUCGCCGAGGAGGACGAGCAAGGCAUGGCGGAGUGGCACCGCCGCCACCCGAAGGACGUCGCCAACGAGCAAGCCUACUGGCCGGAGAGGACAUAUAGAUAUCAAAUUUGA